UAGACCAGUCGGUGUUCAGACAGCGGGACUUGGUACACGCUCGUUCAACGGAUUUGCAGCUAGUUCGAGCUGGGUGCACGACCUCGCUGGAUGAGUCUGUUCUUUCAAUUCCUUUGGAUUUUCUUAUUUCAAGUUUGACGAUUUUUAGGCUGAACAAGAAUGCAGCUACUGAUCCUCUUAGCAGGACUCGCCUGCGCCUCAACGACCGCAGAAGUCCUCGAAACUAUAGCUCAAUGGCCGUUGCUAGACUUUGCACUUCCGUACGACCAAGAAUUUCUCAAUCAGUAUCGUCCAGAGAAUGUAGUACCUACUGGAAUAGAGAUUGCGUGGGACAAAAUCUUUAUAAGCGUCCCAAGAUUACGAGCAGGCGUUCCGGCGACCUUGAAUUACAUCCCGAGGAAUCUUCCGCUAGAAAGUAGCCCGCAACUCCAAGCUUACCCCUCUUGGGACUGGCACAGCGCUGGAAAAGGCGAUCUGAAUUGCUCCAAGCUGAUCUCCGUGUACAGGACCAGGCUAGACAGAUGUAAUCGACUAUGGACCAUAGAUAGCGGCGUAAUAACGUCAAUUGAUGACUUCAGACCGGUUUGUCCUCCGAAAAUAAUGGUGUUCGAUGUGAAAACCAAUCAGCUGGUACGACAGUUCACGUUUCCACGAGAGGUUUUAAGACCAAACACGUUGAUGACGAAUCUCAUUAUCGAUGAUACCGCGGCAACUACCUGCGACGACGUGUUCCUUUAUAUAUCUGACACUGCAGGACCUGGUCUAUUGGUAUUCGAUGGUGCCACGGACAGGAGCUGGCGUGUGGUGCACGCAACCAUGUAUCCACAUCCAGAAUUCUCGACUUACAGGAUUGGCAGCGAUACGUUCGAAUUACUGGACGGUGUCGUUGGACUCGCAUUUUCUGCCAAACUUGGAACGGUUUACUAUCAACCUCUAGCGACCGAUCGUCUGUUCAGCGUGCCAACCACUGCACUUCAGGCGGGUCCACCAGCAUUUGGUGAACAGCUACCGGUGACCUUGGUGGGUAAAAAGUCUAGUCAAGGACUUGCUCUGGCCGUUGAUCCACGAGACGACACGAUCCUUUUCUCUCCGCUUACCGAAACAGCCAUUGCCGCCUGGCAACCACAAACUAACCAACAGAGGAUCUUAGCUUACAGUCCGGAGAAGCUGCAGUUCGUCGCUGAAAUUCGAUGGACGGAGCGCGAUAAUGGCAACUUUUGGUUAAUGACUAGCAGGUUCCAGAAGUUCUUCAGGCGAGAGGUGAAUGCACGCGAUAUCAACAUUCGAAUAAUGAGGCUAAUGCCCAUACAGCGUCCGCUGAAACAUCCGAUCCUCGAUUCUUUUACUCGGACCUACUUACUUUCCGACUUUCCGUCGCAUUUCUACAACAACACCAUAGGAUUCAACGAGCAAGAGGAACAGAAUUUUCCUGAACAAUUUGACACAACGAAAUUUUGGAUCGGUCUACAGAUCGCCUUAAGAAUUGAUAGUGAGCUAGUGCUACGUGACGUUUCGCUACGUUUUUACAAUCUUGUGGAGAUGAGGCAGCUUUGCACGUGGAUCCUGCUGCUUUUGACGAUCGUCAAUUUGCGGGCUCUUGAAAAAUUGAAGAUCAUCUACUCGUGGAAAUCGUUAGAUUUUGUAUUUCCAAGCGAGCAUGCUAGAUUGGCGGCUAUUAAAAGUGGAAAUUUUAUACCUGGUUCGCCAUUACCCAUAGACGUCGAUGUUUACAACGGAGAGUCCAAAUCGACGGUGUUCAUCGCCAUUCCAAGGUUUCAGGAUGGCGUACCUUUAACUUUGGGUUAUGUCACCGAUGAGGUAUCGCUCGAUGGAAAUACCCUAAUCGCACCAUAUCCAAAUUGGAGUUACAACGACGCAGGAAACUGCGCUUCGAUAAUCAGCGUUUACAGAAUGCAGAUAGAUGAAUGCGAUCGACUGUGGGUUCUCGACACCGGAAAGCUAGGGAGCAAACAAGUAUGUCCGCCGAAGCUGCACGUGUUUUCUCUGCGUGACAAUAAACUGAUUAUGCUGUACAAAUUUCCCGAGCACCAGUACAAAAAUGAAGAUUCUCUAUUCGUCACGGUGGCCGUUGAUGUCCGAGACAGAACGAACAACUGCAAGGACACGUUCGCCUAUAUCGCCGAUGUGACAGGAUUCGCGUUAAUCGUCUACGAUUUUCGUAAUUCAAGAUCCUGGAAGAUCAACAACAACCUGUUUUACCCUUAUCCGCCAUAUGGCACAUUCAACAUCAAAGGUGAUACGUUUGACUUGAUGGACGGAAUCCUUGGCCUCGCAUUGGGGCCGAUUCACAACGGCGAUAGAAUUCUUUAUUUCCAUUCGUUAGCCAGCAGAGUGGAAUCCUGGGUAUCUACCUCUGUAAUCAGGAAUUACACACUUUUCCAUGAGAAACCCGAAGCCGCUGCAAGGUCGUUCGUGCCGUUUGAACAUGAGAGAUCUUCGCAGUCCGUAGCCGAGGCUAUGAAUCAUGACGGAGUUCUUUUCUAUGGACUGUUGUCUGAUCUAGCGAUUGGAUGCUGGAACAGCAAGCAUUAUCCUCAGUUUGGAGGAAAGAAUAACGAGAUAAUCGUCAGCAACCCGGAGACGUUGCAGUUUCCCUCUGGUUUGAAGAUCAUCACAUCGAAGAAGGGUAAACAAGAACUAUGGGUCCUGUCGGUGUCUUUCCAGAGAUACAUGAGCGGUACUUUACACUCGAACGAAACCAAUUUCAGGAUCCAAGCUGGUUUCGUGGAUGAAUUAGUUCGCGGCACCAAAUGCGAUGUCUCCACCUUAGGAAGACGUUUUCAUCGGCAAUGAGAGUCGUGGCACCGCGAGCAGUUCUCCAACUAUUAUCAUCGGAGCUUCUGGCCAUCAUGGCGGUUCUCGACCUUCGCCAAUAGACCAUUUUUUAUGAACGAUCGUUUGGAAUCGUAUUAUGCCCAAAACCACUUCCAUUCAUGGCGUCCUUUCGCUAUCAGAUCCAUGGACGCGCAUUCCUCGUGGAUCAGAAACGAAAGAUUCUGAUGUCAAUCGCAUGAUUUUGAAAUAUUCAGAUCAGGAUAAAUUGUAAAGAAGGAUACAAAUCUUUACCAACCACAAGGUAUUAGUCAGCGGAGAAAAGUCACGAUUUUGGAAAGAAGGUUGAGUUUAAAUACGAACUUUUGUUGCUGCUCGUGGUGCUGUAGAGGUUUCUGGAGUUUCGAGAGCCUAUUUUAAGAUAGACAAUAUGAAAUUGAAAAAACGGUAACUCCAUGAGUUAGAUUUGUAAUAGAAAUUUGUGUAAUCGCGCUAAUUGUUAAUAUAGAUUUAUUAGGAUAUGUUAUUUAUUAAUAUCGACUUAUUUGAUCGCGCAAUUGCGAAACACACUCUAUGUUUGUACAGGUUUUAGUAUUGUAAUAAAAAAUGUGUAUGUGAUGUUAUA